AUGACGACGUUCAAGCGGGAGGACCUCCGUCGUGUCUUUUUUAGCGACUUGUCGGAGCAGUGUGACGAGGAUCUCAUCUAUGAGCUCUGCACGCAGUUCGGUCCCGUUGCAAACAUCACUUGGCCCACGAUCGGCAACCUCACCGGUGGGGCGCAACACAAGACGUUCUGCUUCGUGGACUUCCGUAACGCGGAGGACGCGAAGUACUGCUACGAGGCGCUGUACCGCAGCCGCGUCAAGAUGUUCGGAAAAGAGCUGCGCGUGUCUCACGCCAGCACGGAGAUGCCGUUAAAGGAAAGCGGCAGUCAGGUGCACCACCGACACGCCGUGCACGAGCUGCACGAGAUUGGGGCGAAAGUUGUGGUGCGUGGCGUGGACCUCAACGUCACGGAUUUUGACCUCACCUCGUUCUUUGGGCAGUUUGGGAAGUUUGCCGUGCCGCCGCGCAAGGUGCGGGACGUGGAGGGCAACUUCCGCGGCGUUGUCAUCCUCUCCUACGAGGACUUCGCCGCUAGCGAUAAGGUCAUUGACGAGAUGGACCAGAAGGUCUAUAGGGACCGACCCAUCUCUGUUGCUUACGCGAUGAUGGAGGACGGCAGUGGACGGCAGCACGGCACACCCGAAGAGCGUGAGAACGCCAAACUCUUCCUCGAAGAGGCACGCAAGCACGCUGAGCGCAUUGCAAAGGAACAGGCAGAACACGAGCGGGAAAAGGCACAACGGCGUCGCGAGAACGUUUCAUGGGCGUCCGGCAUUGAUCCGUUUUUCCGGGGACAACGGCCGUGA